UUGAUUCCGGUGUCAUUUUCGUUCAUCGUUCAACGUUCAUGCAAUUUUCGGAAAAUAUUAUUGAUUUAUCCAAGUUUAAUUGUUAUUUUUGUAUUAGAAUAUUCCAUUUUCUUUCAAACUUUAUAGGUUCUGAAUUCUCGAAAAAUGGCUUCCUUUGUUGACAUGAGUUUAGAAGAUAUAAUUCAAAAGAAGAGGGAAAAAGCGAGGAUCAAUAACCAGGGGAAAGGCAAUAAGUUCAAGAGGCCCAUAAUCAAUAAUAACAACACAAACAUAACUGAUGCACGAAACAAAAUUAUAUUGAAGAAAAGAACUCAAAUCACAGAUGCAAGAGAGAAGCUGGGAGAACUAGCCAGACAAAAAGAUGCUCGGUUGAAGCUAGAUCUUAUCAGACAGUCCAAGAUGGCGAUGCCUAAGCCCAUAGGCAGAAACAUGGGCUUUAAUAAAAGACCUGAUAUGAAUGGUAAAUGGAAGAAGACAGUGCCUAGCAAAGACAUGGUGUUUUUGGAUCACACAAGGCAAGUAGCAGUAAGAUCACAGCGACAAACUAAUCUACGGAUGAAACUGCAGAACAGAGAUCAGGGAAAUCAUUUCCUGGAUAACAGGACCUUGGGAGUCAGGGACCGAACCUUGGGACUCAGAGACAGGGCUUUGGGACUCAGGGACCGAACAUUUGGAGUGAGAGACAGAAACUCUAGGACAGAACAUCUGAAACCAAUCCUGAGGACUGUGGAAAAUGAUAUAGUUAUAAUGGAUGAUGAUGAAGAUGACCCAAUGGAUGGCUACAGCCCUAGAGUUUCAUCAUUGAACCGCAAGGCCAGCCUCAAUCUCAAGAUCAUAGCACACAAUAAUGAACCACAUGGCAAAUCAUCUAUUUCAAGAAGAAAUGUUCCAGUAGAGAAAGAGAGGAGUCCUCCGCGCCUGCCGUCGAUCCUCAAGAAGCGUCCGAUGGCGGCGAUGCGCAGCGACCGGAUCGAGCGGGGCGAGCGAAUCGACCGUAGUGACAGGAUCGACCGCAGCGACAGGAUCGACCGCAGUGAGAGGAUUGAUCGGAUUGACCGCGUGGAGAAGAAGUACGAGAAGGUCGAGGAGGCACCGGCCGAGGAGUACCGCAUCAUAGUCAGCAACUUGAGGAGCAGCGUCACCGGAUCUGACAUUCAGGAGUUGUUCGGCGACGUGGGCGGCAUGGUGGAGUCGCGGCUGGUGCGGCCCGGCACGGCGGAGGUGCUGUACGGCAGCCACGCGGACGCGCAGCGCGCCGUGGACCUCUACCACAACCGGCAGCUGGACGGACAGCCCAUGACCUGCCUGCUGGUCGCGCCGAGAGUCAUGCCGCAUGCGCCUAUUAGAAGCAGCAGCGGUGGCAGCAAAUCUGUACUUCCCCCGAGUACCAACUCCAAUGUUGAGCCAGAUCUUUCUACUUUCCAUAAAGUGUUAUUCAACAAUUUCUAAGCAUCAAUACGAAUAUUAUGAUAUCCUAUUCUUAAAGUGAAUAUUGAACUAAAUAAUAAAGAAUCGCAGUGUAUAA